AUGGUGCGCAUUGUGAACGGACAGGUGGUCGGCUCGGCCGGCUCGGCCGGGCAGAAGAGGCCGGGGCCGGAGUGGACGCGUGGCGCCGGAAGAAGCGAAAGCCCCGCAGCUGCCAGGGCGAAAGGGCCCCUGGACGUCGUGGCCGGCUUCUUCUGGUCGGUGGUGUCCUUCUUCGUGCUCUUCUUCCAGACCAUGUUCAAGCCAUCUGAAGGUGGCAGCAAGCGCGUAGAGGGCAAGUCGAGGGUCAAGACCAUCAACCCAGGAGAUGCACAGCAUUUCGCAUGGCUAUGGGCUUGA